AUGGAAUAUUUAAUGUGUUAUUUUCUAUUUAUAAUUUUUGCUAUUAUCAAUUGUAAUUCAUUUGCUGCCGGACAAAAAACGGCGUAUUCAGAUGUAUCAGGCAACUAUAAUUACGAUGAUGAAUUUAUCGAAUACAAUUCAUUUGAUCCGAUUUGCACGAGAACGAUGCACCAAACCAGAUACAAACCGAUAAAAUCAAAUUACAUUUAUUACGAUGUACCAGAAGAAACAUUUAUCGAUAAAUAUCCGGCGGUUAAAUAUAUUUCAAAACCGUUUAAAAAAUAUUACGCGCCAAUAAGUAGAAAAAAAGAAAUGAGAUUUUAUCAAUUAUUACAACCGGGUGAAAAAUUCCAAGAGGAAAAUCCAAUCGUUCCUCCAUCACCUCACACAAAACCCAAAGCACCGGCCAUACAAAUUUACGUCGAUGACCUCAACCUUCCUUUUCUCGGAGGAUGUUCUCCUAACUUGCUUAAAAUUCACAUGAUCGACACGAGAAAAGCAGGUUGUGGUCCACUCGUCGAUAAAAGUAUCCAUCGUCUUUUACGCAUGCCUCUUCCGAAAAAAUUAGAUGGGGAUACUAAAAUGAUAUUUGUGAUCGAUUCAAAGACUAAAACCACGAAAAAGUAUACGGUCGUGUAA